AUGGAAAAGGCCAUCCGAUGGUCCCCAUCCUCCACCACCUCCGAGCAACGCUUCCUCUCCGUCGACGUGAGCGGCAAGACCUUCCGCCUGUGCAAGGUCACCUCGUUCGACGGCCGCCGGCUCCAGCAUGAGGUCCUCUCCACCCACACCAAAGUCCCCGCCUUUCGCGCCUUCGACUGGUCCCCCGUCGACGAGUCCCUGGUCGCGGUGGGCCAGUCGUCCGGCGACGCGACGAUUCUGCGACUGAACACCGAGGGCCAGGAGGCGUCGUACUCAUUCCCCAUCCGCCAUCAGCGCUACUGCAAUGCCGUGGCUUUCAGCACGCAUGGCCUGUUGGCUGCGGGGCUGGAUCGCGUGCGCAAUGACUUCUGUCUGAAUAUCUGGGAUGUGAAUCAGCGGUUGGCGAAUAAGGCGGCUAAGGGGUUUGUGGAGCCGUUGAGGAAGUUGGCGAGCUCUGAGCCGAUUACCAGCCUUAAGUUCUUUGGGGAUCAGCCGGAUACUCUGGUCACGGGCGUGAAGGGGCAGUUUGUGAGGAUUUAUGAUUUGAGAGAGGGCCCCGGGAACCCGUCGCUGCAGUUUCCCACCCGCUGCGUUCACAAUGUCGCCAUUGACGGGCUGGAUCCCAAUUACAUUGCGUCGUGUCAGCCCACGAACGACCCGACUGUCUGCAUCUGGGAUCGACGCAUCGGGGCCCGCUAUAUCACCGCCGUCGGCCCGCCAAAUGCCAUGGACACCCCGCUGGGCCCGGCGCUGGAGUUCAGGAAUGUUGUGGCCCCCAAGUCGAGUAUCUGGAGUAUGCGGUUCUCCAAGACAAGGCGCGGCUGCUUGGGCGUUCUCUCGAAUACCGGCCAUUUCAAGACGUACGAUGUCGUCAAGGAGUACCUGGAUGAGGAGAUGCUGUCGUCCAUGGACGAGACUCUGGGACAGGGCUCCGCCAAGAAUUACCCCGAGCAGAUAUACACCAAGCACGUCCGCGACGUGUGCACGCCGUACAACCACCCGUCGCGCGGAUAUGACGAGAAGGAUCGGGUUGUCGCGUUUGAUUUCCUUAACAUGAGCCCCAGCAACGAGCCCAGUAUCCUUACGGUAUCCGGGAAUGGUGAGACGAAUAUCCUUACGGCGAAGCCCCCGGCGCCGCCGGUAAGGCUUUCCUCGCAGGGGUCGUUGAUCUGGGGAACGGGGGAUGACUCGGAGUUUAAAGUCAUCAGCCCCGAGUCUGCCCAUGAUUCGAGUGUUUCGGAGGUGGUUGAGGAUCUACGGGGGCGUGUUUCGGAUCAGGGGCAGGUCGCGCAGAAAGGACGCCGUGCGGGAAGCCAGACGGCCCCUUUGUCUAGCCGGGAGGCCAGGGAACAUGUCCAGUCGGUGGGCAUGUUGGGCUCUCGGCUCCCUGUGCAGGAUGCCCUGACGCUGAUGUCGGUGCAGAGAAUGCGAUGCAAAGAAGGCUACUUGUUUGAUGAGGCGCGGAAUAAGAGGAUCGUGGCUGAUGAUCCGCGGCUACAAGGCUUCUGGAACUGGGUUGAACGGGCGCGCUCUGUCUCUGCCAACGAAUCGAUGAUCAUCAACGGUCUAGACCUGAACUACCUGGGCGUCUACGACGUAUGGAACAACGACUUGGGCGAGAGCCUGGAAGACCGACAGGUCGGCCCUGAUCCGACCACCGACAUCAAAGCAACCAUCAUCGAGCUGGUUCGAGAGCAGCUGGACCUCCCGGAGACUACCGGCUGCGAGACGAAGCACACGGAACACCGCCGGCUCUGCCUGCGCAUGUGCGGCGCGGCGCAAACCCAUCGCGAGCUGGAGGAACUCGUCAAAACGCUGUCCGCGGACAAGCAGCACACCAAAGCCGCCGCGCUGGCCAUCUUCCAAGACGAGCCCAAGCUGGCCUACCUGGCGCUGCGAAGCCACGAGCCUACGCAGGCCCACAAGCUGCUCGCCAUGGCCAUCGCGGGCGCCGCGAAAGGCGACACCGACGCAGACUGGGAGGACACCUGCGCGGAGAUCGCCAAGGAGCUGACCGACCCGUACGCGCGGGCCAUCCUAGCCCUCGUGAGCAAGGGAGACUGGCGAUCCGUUAUCCAAGAGACCACCCUUCCGCUACGCUAUCGCAUCGAAGUCGCCCUGCGAUGGCUACCCGACCGGGAUCUCACGAAAUACCUCCGCGAAACCACACAAGAAGCCAUCCGCCAAGGCGACAUCGAAGGCAUCCUCCUCACAGGACUUGGCCACUCCGCCAUGGACCUCUUCCAGUCCUACAUCAACAAAUUCCACGACAUCCAAACCGCCGUACUCGCCAUGAGCCACACCGUCCCCCGCUUCAUCAACCAAAGCCCCAACCGCACGCGCUUCGAGUCCUGGCGCGAGACCUACCGCUGGCAGAUCAACUCCUGGAAACUGCAGCUCGAGCGCGCGCGCUUUGACGUCGGAUCGCGCAAGUUCGCCGUCACCUGGGACGGACGCAAGCUGAUCGACCCGCCCAAGCAGCAAGUCAGCCUGACCUGCAACUACUGCACACGCCCGCUCACCCAGCACGACGCCUCCUCGCAGCUCGCCCCCUCCGUCACCGGCGAAGUCUCCCACGCCACCCCGGAAACCCCCUCGGCACGGCCGCCAUUCUGCACGCUGUGGCUGGGCUCGCCGGAUCCCGUGUCCAAGGCGAGUGUGGCGGCCGAUGCAGCGAACGAGCGACGACGCCCGUCGGAGGCGGAGCUGAUGCGGAGGUUUAUUGUCUUCUGCAUUAAUUGCAAUCAUGGAUUUCACGCGCAUCAUGCGCGCGAGUGGUUUGCCAAGCAUAAGGUUUGUCCUGUGGCGGAUUGUAGCUGUAUUUGCGAUCGGUGA